AUGGCCCAAUCUGCCGCCAGUUUUGCACGGUCUUGGUUUGCUUUGGCUACAGGCCGGCUCACUCACUUUGACCAGAAACUUAAUGCUCCUGAUGCCCGCACCCCAACCAUCUCUCUUUCUCAAGUCCGCCGGGAACGGACCCGAGGCAUGUGGUUGGACGUCGAAACGGAGUAUCGAGCCUGUUCCGCCCUUCUAGCACCAGAGGAUCCAGAUGGUCAAGUUGAGGUCCAAGAUAUGGACGAUGACUGCUACGCGGUGUACGAGCAAAGUUUAGCUGAACUCAACGAACAGAUCAAGCCCCCAACUGUCAUUCCGACCGCGCAACCAGCCGUCCAGGUGCAAAUGUCCAACGGUUACCGCCUUCCUCCAUGUGACACGGAGGUUUUCAGUGGGGACUACCAGCAGUGGCCCACGUUCCGAGACCUAUUCACCGCCAUCUACAUAAACAACGCCAGGUUGACUCCGGUGGAGAAACUAAACCACCUCAACAAGAAAAGGAGCGGUGAAGCCCACAACAUAGUGGCACAGGCUCCGCUCACGAAUGAUGGCUUGCCUUCCAUCCGAUCUGAGUCUGGAGCUGCCUUAAAGGAGCUCCAGAGGUCUGUCCACAAAUGCCUCACGACCAUUAAGCACUCCGACGUGUCCACAGACAGCUGCUUUGCAGAUGGCAUGCUGGUGUACCUCAUUACCGCGAAGUUGCCAAAGGCGACCGUGGAGCUUUGCGAACAAUCGGUUCCGAACAAAUUCGAGGUUCCGACUUGGCGCGCCAUGGACAAGAGUUAUCAUCCGGUGCGAUCAUGCCCAGAAUUUCUUCGCCUGACCGUACAGGAACGGUCAAGCCACAUCCAGCAGAAACAACUCUGCUUAAACUGCUUCGCGCGCGGACACCAACUCCGUGACUGCACCUGCGCGUACAACUGCAACACCCUCCUUCAUCGGGGCGAGCAGACUCCGAGUGGGUCCAACUGUGCUACCACUCCUCACACCACGCAAGCCCCUACCACCAUACAGUCCUCUUCCUCUUCUCUUCCUUCGUCCAACGACUCGGCCCAUGUCCAGAGCUAUUGUUCUACAAUUGUUCACCAGGUGCUACUGGGCACAGCAAUAUUGGACAUUUUUCAUGCCGGCACAAGAUACAAGUUUAGAGCCUUGAUCGACUCUGGAUCUGAAGCCACCUUUAUUACUAAGCGGAUGUUCAAAAUCAUUCGGCCGCCCUUCCAAGCCGUCCAGGGUCAAGUCUCCGGUUUGAAUAUUCUUCCGCAAUUGGCAGGUAACCUCCCGACAUACCCUGUACCGCAGAACUACAUGACAGACCUUCCUAAACUCCAUUUAGCGGACCCCUCCUUGUACCGCUGCUCGCAGAUGAACAUGCUUAUAGGCGCUGAUAUCUUUCCAUCCAUCCUUUUAAGCGGCUUCCGGUCCAACAUUUGUGGCUCGCUCUUGGGCCAAGAGACUAUCUUCGGACGGGUCCUAUCCGGUCCUGUCGCAGCUGACUCGUCUCGAAUGAUCUCUUCCUUCACCACGAAGAUCUCGGUCAGCUUUGACGUCCGACUCGAGAUACUUCUCACAAAGUUUAGGGAGGUGGAGGACCUUCCAGGCAGAUCUACGAGCGAGUCAGACUCCAUUUGCGAGGACAAUUUUCUCCAGACAACGCAGCGAGCUCCCGACGGGAGAUACAUCGUCACUCUUCCAUUCAAAUUUCCAGAAAAUAUAGACUUGGGCUACUCCAGGCCUUCGGCUCACACCCAGUUUCUGAGAAACGAGCAGCGUCUGCAGCGAAACUUGCCUCUAAAGGAGCAGUACGACGCCGUCAUUCACGAGUAUUUAGAGCUAGGCCACAUGACACAGGUUCCACCUAGUCAUGACUCCGGCAACUUCUAUCUUCCACACCAUGCUGUUUUCAAGCCAGAAAGCACAACGACCAAGGUGCGCGUGCUCUUCAACGCGUCCAGCCCGUCUUCGAACGGAAGAAGCCUUAAUGACAUAUUGCAUUCGGGGCCAGUCCUUCAGUCCGACUUGACCACGCAAAUCCUGAAGUGGAUCGUAUUCCGAUACGUUUUCAACGCCGACAUCAAUAAGAUGUAUCGGUAUAUCCUCGUGGCGCCACAACACACUUCAUACCAACGGAUUAUCUUUCGCAAUCCCAGCGGGGACGUGUGCGACUAUGAACUCGAUACGCUCACCUUCGGAGCGCCAUUUCUCGCCAUUCGCGUCCUAAGGCAACUCGCACAAGAAGUGCGUCCUAGGUUCCCAAUGGCAACCGACAUCCUGACCAAUUACAUGUACGUAUACGCAGUUCUAGCUGGUGCACAUACCCAGCCUCCGGCAAUUUCCGCCAUCGCCGAGUUGCGAGAAGCACUCGAUUCCGCCGGCUUUCCACUCCGAAAACGGGCCGCAAACCGUCGACAACGGGACCACCACAUAUGA